AUGCCAGAGAGGUUCAAGCUCCACCCUGACCCGCACGAGCGACGCGAUGCCACAUUCAGCCUCGCCCGGUCAGCCUACAGCACUGUUCUUGCAGGCGGCAAGGGCUCGGCACUCCUCAUCCCUCACAUCCUCCUGCCCAUCUACGGCGUCUACUGGACCGCAAACCGGUUCGACCUCUUCCCGACGAGCUUUGUGCGGGCGCUCGCCCUCUUUAUCGCGCUGACGGAAGGUCUGGCGGCCGGAGCGAUAGUGGGGCUCGGGUUCAUGCGCUACGGCGCCGCGGGAAAGGCCAUCAAGGGCCGCCGCAACGAAAAGACGGCGACCGACGAGGAGAUCCAGAAGCAGCAGCGCGUCGAGGUGGCGCUGCGGGCGGCGCUCUACAUCCUCAUCGCGUGCAUCUACUGGGAGUACCUCGUCCACUCGCCCUACUCUCCCAUGACGUCGGCCGAAUCGCGCAACACGUCGUCCGGCCUGCUGACGUCGAGUGGGCGGAUCAAGGACUACCUCAACAACGAGUCCCUCAUCCCCACGCCAGAGGUGCAGAACUCCGGCGUCGGCGUCGGCAUCGACUUCAACGAGGCGGUGCGCGCAGCAAAGGAGACGAUCGACCACUCGCCCAAGAUCCGCAUCGGGGAGCCACCCAAGCCCAAGAGCGAGUUUCUCCAGGCAGUCGAGUGGUUCACGUCCAAGAUCCGGCCCAAGAAGGCCAUCGGCCUCGUCGAGCUCGGACCCAAGACGUGGCAGUAG